AUGUCGAUACAAUCAGCUGAAGAUUUUGAUCCAACAUCAUCGACACCUGUCUUUGGUAGUGCUGUAUCACAAACAAAAAUUCAACAACAACAACAACCAAAUAAUGAUUUAGGAGGCACGGAAAAAUUAUUAACACCUGAAUUGGCUGUUAAUGGACAAAAUAAUACAACAAAUAAUAAAACUAGUGAUAAUUUAGAUAAUGGUAAUACAGAAUCUGUAAAGGAAAAUACAGGUGCAAGUGAUUCAACAGAUGUACAUGUCAAUGGACAAAAUGGUAAAACAGAAGUUGAUACAGUUUCAUCAGUCAAUGCAACAACUAAAGAUAAUGCUAAUUCAGUUGUAGACUCGAGUUCAGCAGUAGAAGCAGCAAAUACAAUCGAAAAUCCAAUUCAAAAUAAUACUCUUCCAACACCAUCAGUUGAACCAACUGAUAGUAUUGCAUCAACAGCUACAGCACCAACUGAUGAACCAACAUUAACUGGACCCGAACCAGGACUAACAACAUCAGCAGAUAUUCCUAAAAAAGAUUUAUCAACUAUGCCAACAAUUAAAAAUGAUAAUUCUGGUCCACCUGCUCCCGGUCCACUUGUUGAAACAACAUCAACUCCAACAUCUAAUGAUAAUGUUCCUGCAUCAGCUACAGCUCCUGAAGCAACUGUUCUAGCUGAAUCUACAACAACACCAGAACAUAAAACUAAAUCUCCUCGUGGUAAAGCUAAAUCACCUAUUGUAUCAACUCCACCAACACGUCAAUCAUCACGUAGUCGAAAACCUGCUUCAUCAUCAUCACAGAAUGAAGACGACAAACAAACAGCUGAAGAAGUUCAAGCACCCGUAACCAAAAAAAUUGAAUCUUCACCACCACCAGCACCAGCACCGAAACGUACUAAACGUCAAGCAGCAACUGUAGCUACAGAUGCUAUACAAGCAGGUACCAGUUCAGCUGAAGAAGAAGAAGAAGCAGAAGCUAAGGAUGAAUCUGAUGAUGAAGAUGCAGUUCCAUCUGAUGCAGAAUAUGAUGAUGAUAUGAAAGGUAGUAAAUCAAAAAAAAAGAGAACUCCAUCACCACGUAAAGGUGGAAGAGGCUCAGGAGGAGGUCGUGGACGAAAACGUGUAGCAUCAUCAUCACCUAGUACAUCUAAAAAGAAAACAGCAACACCAAAAGGAAAAAAAUCAAUUACAUCAAAUGAUGAACAACAAAUGGAUGUUGAUAAAACAGAAGUAACAACGACUACAACAGCAACAACAGCAGCAGAACCAGCACCAGCAGCAGCAAGUGAAACGGUUCAAACACCACCAAAAAGAGGACGAACAAGUGGAAGCAAGAAAACACCAACAUCAGCAUCAACAACACCAGAACCAAGUGGAGAUUAUGUACGAAAAUUACGACCACGUAAAUGA